AUGGAUCGCUCGACAAAAGCGGUUAUGAAAAGCCAAGACAAAUGGAUUGUCCAGUUCCUUAUACCUCAGUGUGGAGCUGUUAAAGGCCUUAAACCUGAAUGGGACAAAGCUUCAGCUAAUAUGUGCGGAAAGGUCAAGUUUGGUGAAGUGAACUGUCAGAAUUGUCCUGAAUUAUGUAGUAAGUAUAAGGUACCACAUUUCCCAUAUAUUUUACAAUUUGGUCCAGAUAAAACAAAAGAGCCUGUCCAAUACAAAGGAGCAUGGAGUGCUGGAGCACUGGAAGAAGCUGCCAAUCAAAUUGCCUAAAAAUAAGUUUUAAGUAAGGAAUAUUGCGUCAGAAUACAACUUGUUUUUAUUUGUCAUAAUUGUGAAACAAUGACUCCAUUGUUAUGGUGUAACUUUUGUGUAAAAAUCUAAUAAAGGAAGAUUUAUAUUUUGUUUAU